GAGUUUGAUUAAAGGUGUUUCUUUUUAUACUAAAAAAAAAAUCGUUUAAGGAUGGGUAUGUGUGAAACAAAGUAUCCAGGUCUGACCCAAGAUGUUUUAGAAGACUACACCUCGUUGACUUAUUUAAAUAAGGGAGAGAUUUUGUAUUUGAUGAAAAAGUUUUAUUCAAUAGACCCAGAGAAGAUCGAAAAUGAUUAUAAUCACCGAUUUAAAAAGGAAGAUAUAAUUAACAAGUUUCACGUUCUAAAAAACAACCCGUUCCAAGAUCGCCUGAUCCGUGUGUUCUCAUCUCGAAAAGACAACUGUUUUUCCUUUGAAGAUCUCUUGGACCUUUGUUCCGCUAUGAGCCCUGAGUGUCCUUCUGAGGUUAAAGCAGCAUGGGCUUUUCAAGUUUUCGAUAUAGACGAAGACAACCAAAUAUCGACCGCAGACAUUUGCUUUAUUCUGGACCGCUUGACUUGGGACCCAAAUAAUCGUGCCAAUUAUUUAGACAAAGAGUCUAAACUGAAGAUAGCUGAUGUGAUAUUAAAAGAAAUCAACUUGGACAGGAGUGGCAGUAUCGGUAUAAGCGAAUUUAAACUAAUACUCGCAAGGAUACCCGAGUUUGCAACGUCUUUUUAUUUUCGACUGUGAUAAUAUUUAAGUAGUUACUACAUAUACAAAAUACAUACUAUACAAUAAUAAAAAAUUAAAAACAA